GAGGAGGAAGGUCUCCGCCAGAUCGCCCUGAACAAGGUGGCUGUGCUGCUGCUGGCUGGGGGGCAGGGCACUCGCCUGGGCGUGACCUACCCCAAAGGCAUGUAUCAGGUGGGGCUGCCCAGCCGGAAGACCCUGUAUCAGCUGCAGGCCGAGCGGAUUCGGCGGGUGGAGCAGCUUGCUGGCCAGCGCUACGGGACCCGCUGCACCGUCCCCUGGUACAUCAUGACGAGUGAGUUCACGCUGGGGCCCACGGCGAAGUUCUUCAAAGAGCAUGACUUCUUCCACCUGGCCCCCAGCAAUGUGAUCAUGUUUGAGCAGCGCAUGCUGCCUGCUGUAACCUUCGAUGGCAGGGCCAUCCUGGAGCAGAAAGACAAGGUUGCCAUGGCCCCAGAUGGCAACGGAGGGCUGUACUGUGCACUGUCAGACCACCAGAUUCUAGAGGACAUGGAGCGUCGGGGAGUGGAGUUCGUGCACGUGUACUGUGUGGACAACAUCCUCGUGCGGCUGGCCGACCCAGUCUUCAUCGGCUUUUGCGUGCUUCGCGGCGCAGACUGUGGGGCCAAGGUGAGCCCUCCCUGCCGGCUCUGCCCCGCCCCCUCCUCCCAGCCCCGCCCCCGGCCCACC